AUGAGCUUCAGUGCAUUGGUGACCACAUUGGGUAUAAGACGUUUUUCUAAGACCACACUCGUUCGUACGAGUGAACCGUUUUUUUUGUUGUUGUUUAAGUAAACACCAACCAAGUAAAAUGAUUAAAGUGAUGGAUUUUUCGACAUGAUCAACCAAUUUACCAACGUCUAUCGUUCACGAAGCGGAAUUAAGUGACACAGCGAGAGCUAAAAAUAGCGAAACAUGUUUUAGAGAAAGAAAUUAAAACUGUUCAAGAAUUAAUAAAAAGUGACUUAAAAAAAAAAAAUUUGAAUAUUAUCUUGCCUGGCGAAUCGGCAAAUUGGAGAUUAACGACGGAAACGGACAAUGUGUUUAACAUAUCAUUGCUGUAUAGCACAGUCAACGAAAGAGACUAUUGAACUGAAAUCCAUAGAAAAUUAGUUUUUGGUGAAGAGAUCUUAUUGAACAAACGAAUCUUGUUUUUUUUUCAAAUCCACUGUGACAAUAUUUGCACGAAGACACCCCAAAAAUAAAAACGAGUUUAUUUUACCGAAAAGUGAUAGCGGGGACGUGAUUCAAUUUCAGUGUUUUUUCAACCGAGAAAAAAAAACCAUUCACGUCAAGUGAGAGGAGACUUUUAACCGAAAAACAGAUCGACGUGAUUCGAUCGAAACAAAGCAAUUUUGGUCCAAAAAUACCGAGAACUUGAAGUGACGUAUCCUGUCAUAAUUUGGGAUUCAUCGGUAAAAAUCAAUCGUCGAAAAUGCUUCCGAUAAGGCGAGAAGCAUUUUCAUGGAUUCUGGUGCUGCUGAGUCUGGCUGCCACCAUCGAAACAAGCCAAACGAGUGAAGGGCGCGUUGUAUGUUACUACACAAAUUGGAGUAUAUACCGGCCUGGCACCGCUAAAUUCAGUCCACAGAAUAUCAAUCCAUACUUGUGUACGCAUUUAAUCUAUGCUUUUGGCGGCUUUACUAAGGACAACAAAUUGAAACCAUUCGAUAAGUAUCAAGAUAUCGAAAAAGGAGGCUAUGCCAAGUUCACUGGAUUAAAAUCCUACAACAAGAACUUGAAAGUGCUUCUGGCUAUCGGUGGAUGGAAUGAAGGUUCAAGCCGAUUCUCAUCAAUGGUUGCCAGCGCUGAUCGACGACGUGAAUUCGUGAAAAAUACCGUGAAAUUCUUACGUCAAAAUCACUUUGAUGGUCUUGAUUUGGAUUGGGAGUAUCCAGCUUUCCGAGAUGGUGGCAAACCACGUGAUAAAAAUAAUUACGCUCAAUUUGUACAGGAAUUGAGAGAAGAGUUUGAACGUGAAUCGGAAAAAACCGGAAGACCACGAUUGCUGUUGACCAUGGCAGUGCCGGCUGGUAUUGAAUACAUUCAGAAGGGAUACGAUAUUCCAAAGCUCAACAAAAACUUGGAUUGGUUCAAUUUACUUACCUAUGAUUAUCAUAGCGCAUUUGAGCCAUCGGUUAAUCAUCACGCUCCGCUGUUUCCACUUGAAAAAGCAUCCGAAUAUAAUUAUGAUUCGGAAUUAAACAUUGAUUACAGUAUUAAAUUUUACAUCAAUGAGGGAGCUGACCCAAGCAAAUUGGUUCUCGGAAUUCCAACUUACGGUAGAACUUACACUUUGUUGAACGAAGAAUCAACCGAUAUCGGAGCACCAACUGACGGACCUGGCGCACAAGGCGAUGCAACACGUGAAAAGGGCUAUUUGGCAUACUAUGAGAUUUGCCAAGGAAUAAAAGACGACGAUAGUUGGACCGUUGUGCAACCAAAUCCAAAUGCAAUGGGCCCGUAUGCAUUCCGUGAAAAUCAAUGGGUUGGCUAUGAUGAUGAGGCGAUCGCUCGUAAGAAGGGAGAAUAUGUAGUGGCAAAUGGCUUGGGUGGAAUUAUGUUUUGGUCAAUUGAUAACGAUGAUUUCCGUGGCACAUGUCAUGGUAGACCGUAUCCAAUCAUUGAAGCAGCCAAAGAAGCUAUGCUCAACAAAAUUGGUGGCAACGAAAAUGAAGUCCUGACUCCAGCCAGGCGUAAGAAGCCAAGCCGUUCACGCAGUCGAACAAAUGCGAGCUCAAAAACCAACAAUGUGAACGAUCAAGAUGAGGAAAAGACCACACAACGACGACCAAGCAGCUCGCGACGAAAGCCAACAAGUAGUCCAGCCACAAAAGAAGCAGUCCAAUACUCAAGUGCUCGUACAACAACUCCACCACCGCCAACCACACCAGAUCCAGGUUCUGAUUUCAAAUGCGAAGAAGAAGGUUUCUUUCAGCAUCCAAGAGAUUGUAAAAAGUAUUUCUGGUGUUUGGACAGUGGUCCAUCGAAUUUAGGCAUUGUUGCCCAUCAAUUCACUUGUCCAUCUGGUUUAGUAUUCAACAAACUCACCGAUUCAUGCGAUUAUACGCGUAAUGUUCAGUGCGAUAAACCAAAAGCAACAACACAAAGUGCAACAACGGAAAGUACAACCAAAGUUUCAUCAACGGUAAAGAGCAUUAUUAUUGGAAGACCUUCAACAACAACAACGGCUCAACCAGAAGAAGAAGAAGAAGAAGAGGAAGAAUACGAUGAAGAUGAAGAAGAAGAAGCACCAGAAGAAGAUACAAAAACGGUUAACACGAAAAUCGAACACGCACUUGAAGAAGAAGAUCCAGAGGUGAUCAAAGAAUUGAUUAGUUUGAUUAAAAAAGUAGGCGGUCUCGAUGAAUUGGAAAAACAACUGCAAAUGCGAUUGAAUCAAAACUCGGUCGCAUAUUCAAGAAUCGGUGGCACUGAUAAAACGACAACUACAACUACAACCGUUUCUCCAAUCAGCCAAUCACUGUAUAACAAAGUUCUUGGUACAAAGCGUGGCAGCCUUCGCACACAAAAAAUAAUUAGCAGUGGCACAUCAUCGAAUACUGAAAGCGAAAUUGCACCAUUGGUUCAACGACAAAAUAAAGAGAACCGUUACUCGUCCGUUAUCCGAAAUAGUCGACCACGACCACAGAACGAUGGACUCGAUCAAUUACCAGAAGUUGAAGGUGGUGGCAUCUUUCGAGAGAGACCUCAAUACACAACAAUCACACGCACUCAAGCACCAAAAACACACGAUUCGGAAGAAGAAAGUGAAAUUGGCAACGCUACGCCAGCAAAUGUUGAGAAUGUUAAUGAAGAUGACAACAAGGGUCCAACAACGCAUCAACCAGUUUUCAGUUAUGUAAACAUUCAAAGAGCUAGACCAUCAAGCACAGCUGCACCGGUCGAAGACCGCGGUAACGAAAGCGAUGAUGAAGCCGAGGAGGAAGAAGAUGAGCAGCCAGCUUCAGUUCAACCGACAACCACAACCAAAAUGCAGUAUGUCAACAUUCAACGGAUUCGACCCACAAAACAACAAUACAUUUCAGAUGAAAUUGAAAGUGAAACACCCGCUCCGGAGACAAAAUAUCAAACGGUGAGCCGUAAACGUCCAACAACCACUCAAGUCAGCAUAAUCGACCAAGAUGACGACCAAGAUGACGACCGAUUGGAUGGCCAACGUGUUUCAUCGUCAACAACAACGGUAGAAAGCGUAAAUAAUCAUUUUACACAAACACCUGAAACAUCAACACGAUCUUAUGGCAGUUUAAAUCGCCGUACAACUACAAUACAAACAGAACAAUAUUCCACACCACAAACAUCAUCGUCAUAUCCUUAUCCCAGCACGACAACGUCCAAAGUGACAACAAAUAACGCAAACGAUAAUACAAACACACACGAAUCACAAUACACAACCAAUUCGCCAACACAAUUAAAUGAUUUAGGCAUAGAACUAACCAGUACAUUGACAUCAAACAUUGACACAAAUUCAAAUGCAUUCAUAAGCGAUGACGAUAGUUUGACCAGUAACAAUAACAAAAAAAGUGACACCGAUCCCCAAUUAAUACCGACUAAUCAGCCCAAUUUAACCAAUUCAAAGUUUUCCUUUUCGUCCGUCAACACCGACCAAGGUCAAGCAAAGACUGACCAAGAAGAACAUUUGAUAGGUUCAAAAUUGACAACGACUUCUUUACCGACCGAAAAUCCAUCUAGUCCUACUGUCACUCCAAGUUCUUUUGUAGUUGAUCAUCAUCAAAAUGAAUUUGUCACUACGCAAAGCAAUCAAAUCGAAAUGUCGUCGGUGUCGUCUAUGUUUAAGCCGACGUAUGGUGGUGGCAUUUCAAGCCCACGACCGUUUACGAAACGAACACGUGGAACAACCACCACCACAACAACCAGUACCACUGAAUUAACGCCCACCGUCGCUGAUAAUGGCUCAGAUAACGAUGCCAAGGUGAGUGUCGCAAGCAAUCAAAACAAUGACAACGUUGGCAAUAAUCUUGUUAUCGAGAAUUUACUCACAAAAGAAUUACAAGGUUUGCAGGUAAGUGGCAACAAUGCAAACAACGAUGAUGCAUUGAAUGUUACGCUCUACUCGAUUGCAAAUGCGACAAAUAACGAUGAAUAUACAAACGAUUUGACCUCACAUAGUAUUCAAACCUCUGAUUCUCUAUCUUCUAAUAAUUCUGAAGCUCCUUCUUCUUCUUCUUUUUCUACCACUACUGUCUCUCCUAUUGUAAAUAGUCCAACCGCUUCUUCUGCUAAUACUCGAUUUAGAAACAAAUCUCGUGUAAAUAAGCAACAAACAACCGAACAAUCGGAUGUGUCAUCGACACAACGAACGGUAUAUCGUCGUCUACGUACACGACCACCGGCCAGAAAUUUAAACAUUGACAAUCAAAAGCCGUCAAAUCCAAUAUUGGAUGACAAUGUACGACAUGUGACUUAUAAUAUCGUUCGACAGAAUGUGGAAAAUACAGAAACUGAAGCCAAAAAUGAGGUUCAAGGAAAUGAAUACAGUGCAAAAAAUAACGAUCGCGCAAAUGUUAUUCGUCAAAAAUCACCAUCGCGUCGUUAUCGACCGCAAUUGAAGGAUUUGUUGCAAGAAACUUCAAAUGGAUUGCCAGCAAUUUCGGCAAACAUUGAUCAAGGUGAUAGAAACUAUCGCCCCGAUCAAAUGAGUUACGAUUUUAGUUCGUUGACUUCAAUCGAUUUGAGUAGAAAGAAUACGCAACAACAGGCCAUUCGAUCACGUGGCCGUGGUUCAAAUCGACGAACAUCCAAUCGAGCUGAAGCUGUUUUUGGAGAAAAUAAAGAAGAAUUUCAUGCGAAAAAUCAAGGAAAUGAACAAAUACAAGAACAAGAAUUCCAACAACCAGCUCCGUCGACACCUCGAAGCACUUUACGUCGAGGUGGCAAUAGAUUUAAAAGCCGAACACGUGUUUCAAGCCAAGAAGAUUCAUUUGUUGAACAAAGCCGUGAUGCACCAUUGACCGAGACAACUUCAGCUGUUCCGGAUUCAGACGAUCAGCCAACUGUUGUGCCAUUGGCUCGAAAAAUCAACAUUGACACUUCAUUCCAAAAUCGAUUGAAUGCCGUCGAACGGAAGAAGCCAUUUAGUAAAAGACCAGGUGGCGAUUCGCCCAUUAUUUUCUUACAUCCAAAUCGUUUUUCCGCCAAAAUCCCACCCCAAGUUGAUUUCAAUGCAUUGAAUUUGAAUGCAAAUUUGAAUUCCAAUUUGAAUCCAAGUUUAAAUGUUAACAUAAAUACCAAUUCUAAUGCUCAAAUUGACACUCCCUCAAGUACUGAAUUGCCGCUUACAACUGAGUCUCUGCUAAAUUUAAUUGGCGACUAUGACAAACACGUUCCAAUUGUUUUAGACGCAAUCGAAAGUACUACGAAUGAAGAAGAACAGUACGGCACUGAUCGCUUAUUCAGACAAAAAGUCGAAGAAAUUCAAGAAAUUAUCGAUAGUUUCGCAUCAACCGAAUCGGUUGAAACAACUACAAAAGCAAAGUUUGUUUCACGUGUGACUCCAAGUACAGGUAAUUUGAUAAAUAUUGCCAAAGCCAUUAAUGCUCUACAUGGCGAAGAUGUUGCAUUCCAAUCGACCGAAGUACCACUUGCAAUUGAGUCAAGCACUGCUGCUGCUGCGGCUGCUGAAGCUAAUGCAGUUAGUCCAGCAAAUCCAGAUAAUUUGGCCAGUUUAGCAAAUGCUUUAAAUUCAUUGGACGUUGAAUUGACGGCCAACUCAGGAGCUUUGAGCAGCUCAACUGAAAGUGUUCAAGAGCCAUCACAGGAGAAUGAAGCAUUUGUUCGCAAACGAAUUCAAUUUGCUAGAAAACGUUUCCAAACGACAAGUACCGAAACAUCAAGUUUGGAGGAAAAUAGCGUGAGCUCCAUUGAAAGUUCAUCCGAAACAAAUGAACAAGAGUACCCAGUAUCAAGCACUGCACAAGCAGUUUAUGAAAGCUCAUCAUUGCCACCAAAUGCGAAUCGACGACGACGACCAUCGAUUAGACGAACCACAACUGCAGCACCGAUUGACGUAAGUGUUUCCACUGAAAAUGAUUUCAACGAACGGCGUCGAUUGCAAUCAAGAAGAAGGUUCAGUUCGACAACCACCGAACAAAAUUUGGCGUCAAAUGAAGAAUUCCCAAGCUCAACGGCAAGAACUCAGCAAAAAGUGUACAGAGGUCGUGUCAAAGCAUCACAAGACACAGUCAAUCGUUAUUUGAAUCUGGUUACUGCUAGCGCUGAACUUGAAAAUCCAACCGAAAAUAUCGGAUUGCAUCAAAGUUCAUCGGUUGUGCCAUUUUUCGGAUCAACCACCGAGACGACUGUGGUUAGUCCAGCUAGCCCCAGCUCGUUGGCAAAUUUGGCCAAUGCCAUCAACACAUUGGAUGUUGAAUUGACUGCAAACUCAGGAGCUGCUUUGGAAAAGGAAGAAAACCAAGCAAGCGUUGAACAAACAUCCAGCGAGCAAUCAUCAACUGAGCAAUCGAAUGAAAGCCCAUCGUUGGCAAGUCUUGAAGUUAUCACUGAAACCGGCGACAUUAAAUCCAAUUUGAAUUCAGGUGAAACGACCGAUGGCCAAGUUUUCGAACCAAACAGUCCAACUCCAUCGAAUCCACCGCAUCGGAAUGUUGUAAUUAGACGACGACCGGUCAAUGGACAACGAGUUGAAAGUAGUUCGAUUGAAACUCAAUUGGCGAAUGAGAAUGAAAAUUCGGAAAUUGCUCAAACCGGCGAAGUGACACGAAAUGAUGAACGACGACGCAAAAUCUUCCGUAGUCGAGUUCGAGCUCAAACGGCCAUCAAUGCGGAAAAUGCCGAUAAUAGUGGCGAACAUCGAACAUUCACGGUUGAAUCACGUCGUCGUCGUAUUCAAGGUAGACCAACCAGCACUGAGGCCACUCUUGAGGAAAACGUUUCACAAGCAGAAAAUGAUCAAAACGAACGAAAUGAACAGAAUAUUGACAUUCAAGCCACACGCCAACGACGACCAUUUCCUCGCAGACGCUUUUCGACCACAACCACUGAAGUGUCGGAAUUGAAUGAAAAUGCUCAAGACGAAAACGUUCAAGACGAAAAUGUCGAAGAAAAUUCACAAAGUAAUGAAGAAGCUACGCGUGAACAUGUUCAAUUUCCAAGAAGACGUUUCCGAACCACAACCACCGAGGCUGCAAAUUUAGAAGAAAAUAGCGAAAGCUCCACUGAAAAUACUCCCGAAUUUGAUACAGUGAGUGUUGAGAAUGAUGAGAUCAAUUCAAUCCGACAGCGAACAUACAUUCGUGAAGAAAGUACGGAUGGUCUAAGACGAAGACCUCCUUUCCAACGACCAUCUUUCCAACGUGCAAGAACAACAACGGAGGCAGCCGAAACGAUAGAAGAGAAGAAUUCCAAUGAAAAUUUGAAUAAUGAAAAUGAAAAUGGAAAUACACGUGCACGAGUUCCAGUUUUCAGAAAACGGCCAUACGCUCAACGAACCACCAAAACUGAAUCAGCCGAAGAAUUGUUUGAAAGUUCCGACUCAAAUUUGAAUGAAAAUGAAAAUGGCGGUGAAAGUUUGAACACAGACAAUGAAAAUCAACGCCCAAAUACACGUGUUCGAAUCCCGAGUCUUCGUCAACGACCAUUCGCUUCAAGAACUCGCACUACAACUGAAUCGGUUGAAGAGGUCAGUGAAAAUGAUGAUAAUGAAAGCGUCAGCGAGAGUACCAAUGAAAAUGCCGAAGAAAACCAAAGCGAAGAUGAGAAUAAAAACACUCGUAUCCGAGUUCCAGUUUUCAGAAAACGGCCAUACGCUCAACGAACCACUACAACUGAAUCAGCCGAAGAAUUGUUUGAAAGUUCCGACUCAAAUUUGAAUGAAAAUGGCGGUGAAAGUUUGAACACAGACAAUGAAAAUCAACGCUCAAAUACACGUCUCCGAAUCCCGAGUCUUCGUCAACGAACAUUCGCUUCGAGAGCUCGCACCGCAGUUGAAUCGGUUCAGGAAGUAAAUGAAAGUGAAAAUACCAACGAGAACGUUGAAGAAAACACAGGCAAUGAAAAUACUCGUGUGCGAAUUCCGGCUCUUCGCCGACGACCAUUCGCUUCAAGAACACGCACCACAACCGAAUCGGUUGAAGAAGUGAGUGAAAAUGAUGGAAACGAAAAUGUCAACGAGAAUACCAGUGGAAAUGUAGAAGAAAAUCAAAGCGAAGUUGAAAAAAAUACCACUCGUGUUCGUAUUCCAAUCUUUCGUAAACGUCCAUACGCUCAACGAACCACCACGACCACUGAGUCAGCGGAAGAGUUGAAUGAAAAUGCUGAAGAAAAUGUGAGUAAUGAAAACGAAACAGGAAAUUCGAAUGAAAAUGCAAGCACAAAACUGCGCGUUAGAAUUCCAGUCCUUCGUCGCCGUCCAUUUGGUUCGAAAACAAGAACAAGCACAACCGGAUCGACUGAAGAAGUGAAUGAGAAUGAUCAGGAGAAUGUCGAUAAUCAGACAAAUGAAGGCAGUUCUGAAAGGACAAAUUCACUAAGUUCAUUUUCACAGACACGCUCAAAGCAGCAAUAUCGGCGUCCAUUCGGCCGAACUCGAUUCACAACCACCGAAGCAUCGGCUGAAAAUCAAGAACAAGAACAAGAGCAAGAGCAAGAGCAAGUGAGUGAAGAGAGUAACGCUGAAUCAACACCACGAUCGCGCCCAACAUACAAACGAAAGAAGAUCACAUCAUUCAAACCAAUAAAUAUCGAAGAGAGUUUGGCUCGUGGUGCAGCCGGUGGUCGAAUUCGAUUGGGAACAAAAGCACCUCAAGUUGAACCCGAACAAACUGAAGAGGUUGAGACAACAAGAACCGAACGUUUGAAAGUCAAUCGAAAACUUUUUGCAAAUCGUAAAACUACCACACGAGCUCCAAUUACAACGACCACCGAAAAUAUUAUCGUUGAAGACAGUGCCACUGAAUUCGGCACAGAGAUCAAUGAAAUCGGCGCAACGGAAGCGAAUGAAGUUGGCGUUACUCAAGUGAACUUUGAGUCAAAUGACAUUGAAGCGGGCACAUUGAGCGAUUUGAUUGCAAGCACUGAAGUUUAUAAUGAUUUGAGUGAAUCGGCAAAAGUAUCGUCGACGCAAAGUGCAAGUGAGGAAACUGCAACCGAAUUGAACAGUGAAGCUGGUGAACAAGAAAGCAAAUCGGAUUUGGAGAUAAAAACAGAAUCAAACUCAGAACUGAAUUUGGAAACAAGUUCCGAAGCAAUUAUUGAACCGAGUACAACAACGACUGUACGGCCCGGUGUUAAAACACGGAUUCUAGCGGCUCAAAGAGCCAAUCUGAACAGCAACUUGAUCAAGCGCAGAAAGAAGCUUCGUACAACUACAGCUGCGCCAGAGGAAACGCCAGAAUCAUCAAGCGAAAGUGCUGAACAAGAAGUCCGAACUCAUGAGAGAAUAAGAGGUUUCAGACCGGCAUCAUUGCGAACAAGCCGUAAACAAUUGAUCGGAACAAAGGAAGAAAUUGUGAAUAACCUCGAUGAAACAAAGGAAGAAAAUGAUCAAUCGGGCGAUCAAACUGAUCAGGAGGCGGAAAGGCCACAGCCAUUCUAUUCAUCGAAAUUCACAAGAGGUCGUAUCACAGUUCGUCCUCCACGACCAUCAUUCAGUUUGAGUACAGCAACUGAACCAUCCAACGAAUCCGGUUCACCGGUUACAAGUCGUGGUUUUACUCGUAAAUUCACAAAAGUCUUUAAAUUGCCGAACAAUCCAACUGACGAUUCUGCCGAUCAAUUACAAGAAAAUGUCGAAGAAAAUCAAAAUGGAGAAAAUGUUGAAAAUCAAUCCGAAGAGGUUCAAACUCAGUCAAGAUUUGUUUCGAAAGGCUACCGUUCGAAUAAAUUCUCGAAAAAUACGGUAACAAGUAAUGUGGGCAUUCAUCCAGCCUCGUUGCGGCCGUUUGUAAAACGCCCGACACAAAGUACAACCGAGGCGACAGUAGUUUUAGAUGGUGUCAAUGUGAACGCACUCAAUGUUCGUAAUCAUAAUUUGUUUAACAAAAAUAGUAAAAAACACAGUCAAUUCUUGAAAACCACCACAUCCAACGAUCAAAAACAAUCAUCACCGUUCAAUACUAACACAGAACAGGAUGAACAUACAUUUACAGAUACACCAAUCUAUGAAUUGGCGCACACAGAAAACCCAUCAUUUGAUCAACAAUUCAUUGGCACCGAAUCGAGUGUCAAUGAUGAUGUUGAAUCUAACACAAAUACACUAACUGACGAUGAUGAUAGUCGUGAUGCAACCACAACAACCAUAUAUACAUCCAUAAAUGCCAUAAACGAACAAGAUCAAUCAUUUGAACAAGAACGGUCUGCGACCGACAACAUACCCACUGAACAUUAUUUGAAUUCAAUAAAUUUAGUAGAUAACUUACAGGAAACGGCGACCAUCAAACCAUCUCGAAAGUACGCGAAACCAACAAUGGCCACACCGACCACGGUCAAACCAACCACGUAUCAUCAUGUAUUUGCCAUCGAUUAUGAUGAGAAUCCAUUAGAAAAACAUUUUAAAAAUAGUCAAAAGCCAAAUGAAAUUGGCCAAGAUGAUCCAAAUGCGGAGGUUAUCUCGAAAAAGGUGGAAAAAUUGGCCGAAGUGAGUCGUAUUGUUGAGGUGUAUUCGCAACAGCGAAGACAAACCAUUCAACGCAGCAGUCCGAAUGGUAGACCCAAAACGGAAAACUCUAAUUUGAUAAUCGAACGUUUGCCAACCGUAAAUAAGCUCGGUGAAAUCAAUCGUGUUACAUUGAUUAAAUUGGUUGAUCAUCAAAAUGAUACAAAUGCUAAGGCCAAGGAAUUUUUAACAUUUCUAACGACAACGGCACGGCCGGCUACCGAUGACGACAAUGUAUCGCCGAAAAAAGUGCAAGAGAAAAAAUCGCGGCAAAUCAUAUUGCCCGACAAUAUAUUCAGUGUUGAAACGUCAACCAUACCGCUCGAAGGUUUAUUCCAAACUGAUCGUAGUGGUAAAAAAUUGAACAUCGUCUAUGCAACCACAUCGGACGAUUCCUAUUUGAGAAGCAGUCCAAGUCCAGUGUUUAUACCUCAAAGCACAACCGAAUCAUCGUCGGUGGCACAGACGACCGUUGUCGAUUAUUUCGGCGAUACAACGGCCGAUGCCGUGAACGACAUUCAUGUUGUUAAGGCCGAUCAACCAAAUACAUUGCAAAUUAACGAUUCCGCACCGCCAUUAGUCAUUUCAUUAGCCAAUUUAGACAAUGUCGUCCUAAGCCAAUUACCACCGAAAAACUCAACAACAACCACCACAACAACAACAAAACACACCAAAGCAAAUGCAUUCGAUGGUGCGGUUGCUUCCUCCGGGAAGGUAAGCACAAUUAUUGAUGCACCGCAUAUAGUAGUUGAACACAGCACAGUAGAUAACAUAGAUGAGUCUGGUUCGCCUGUUGUAAACACACAAACCAGUUACAGCAGCGAAAUAACCCAAACAAAAGUCAAAUUGUCACAAUUAAAACGAACAAAUGCACCUAGCGAUACAGAUGCCCCAUCUGAGGAGGUUCGUCCACAAUAUCGUCCUGGGUUCCGUCGUCCAUCGAUCAGCGUGCAGAAGAAAUCGAAACCAACGCAAUCAAAUGAUAUCACCGACACGACUGAAUCAUCCGCUUCAGUUACGACGCGCAAGAGCUCCAACAGUCCAUACGUGCGAAGAAGAUCGCGACCAACCUAUAUCCCCACAACAUCGCACACAACCGUCGCUGCAAUCGCAUCUACCGUUGCCAAUCGUAACAACGACACGAUCGUUAACAAAAUUCUUCAACGCAGAAAAUUCGGGCGCCCAUCAUCAUCCUCAGCUGCUGCUGUUGUUGCGACAACGAACAACGCAAGCGAAAGGAAACGUGUAUCACCAACAAAAACUCGUCCAACAACGGAAUCAGCAGUGACAGUCGAAAAUACACGUCGAACACCUAAUCCAUUAUUCCGUCGACGAUUUGGGUACACAUCAACAACAAAAUUACCAAAGACUACGACGAUAGAACCGGAAACAGUGUCAAUUUCUGGCAUUGGUAGCGCCCGUCAUUCAUCGGAUCAAGACCAUGAGCCAAGCAUUGUUGACAAUAGAAAGUUCUCGCAAAGCAAUCAAAUCGAUUUGGGUACCGAAAUUAUAAGCCAGGGCUUAGGUGAAGCUAUCACAUCAAUUUCGCGUGCACCUUUGCCAUUCGUUGUAUCGACAACUGUACGUAAUGUGAAGAUUACAACACCCGGAGCAGUAAAAUACGACGAUGAUACGGAAUAUCAAAUAUCGAAACGAGCCGAUUCUCUGUCCAGUGGAUCAAUAAAGCCAUCGCAACACUUUUCAUCGACGGUGGGGCCCGAAUUGUUGUUACCACACAGCGAAAUACAGGACAGUCAAGCUCGACCAUCGCGUGAUUUUAAACGUACCCAAAAAGUAAUUCGAACAUUUAGCCAGAGCAAUUUAAAUUCCGAUCCAAAUGCAAAAGUGACGGCCACAUUGAAAGAAAAACCGAAAAAAAUCGCUUUUCGUCCGGCAAGCGACUACGAUUACUACGAUGAUGAUGACAGCAUCAUUGGCAGAUCCACGUCAAAGGUAAAAGUCAUUCUGCAUGAUGCUGGCAUAAUUGAAUGUUUGGAUCAGGGCAAUUUCCCGCAUCCACUGUCGUGUCGAAAGUUCAUAUCCUGUGCAAAAAUGGAAAUUGGAGGCGUUGUCGGUUGGGAAUAUACGUGUCCCAAAGGUUUGAGCUAUGAUCCAGUUGGUGGCAUCUGUAAUUGGAGCGCUGGACUUGGAUGCAAAGAAUAAAUCUGGAUGCAAAGAGUGAGCGUGCACCGCAGAAACGCAUCAAUUUGAAAUACAGUCAUCAUCCUCCAAUCGAAUUAAGUCAUCUAUUUCAUAGACGGAUAUAGAAAACGUUGUUGUUAACAAAGAAAAAAGAGUGUGUUUAAAUUUAUUUGAAUUUUUUUUCUUCUGUCUGUUUAUUUGUCUACUCGCCCAAUCUCACUUUGUCCUCUGCUUUAACAUAGGACCUCUUCUAUAGGAAUUUACAACGUUAGUCCAUAAGUAUUUAAAUGUUUGAGUAGAUUUCAACGUUAGCAUAGUAUUGAUAGGUAUAUCGGAAUAAGUUUUUCCGAAUUUGAUCGAAGCAAUUAUUUUUUCUGUGAAUGAUUGUUUAAGAGUCAACAACAAAAAAAAAAAUAAUAACCUGUGCCUAAACUGAAUAUUCAAACGAAACAAAAUGCCGAAACAUUGGCAUUGUUUCGAGUUCAAGGCUGAAAUUUAUCUCCCUCGAAAUUAAUUUUACAACAAAAAAAGAACAUCAAUUUUACUCUCCAUUUCCAGAAUUUUUGAUAUCAAUAUAUUAUAAUCGGUAUUUAACGUAGAGCAGAAGCAUAUCGACAUGUAUUAUAUUUAAUUUAAUGACAAUGAAAUUACAAAAUAUUUAAGUAAAACCAAUCUUAUGUGGCAUUUUAAGCGAUAAAAAUAAAUGUGAACAAAAUCGAUAGAGUAAACACAA